UUGAUUCAAUCCUCAUCACCUAUUUCACCUUCAUCGCGACUGUGUCUGGUCCAUUAUCGGCUUCCCUCCCCCACAUUACCGACACCUUGUCCCCACCUGACGUCGACAGCCCUCGCGCUUUUUCUUUAACCUUGACCCCUCGUCACAACCGGUCCAGAGUCAACGGAGUUGCAGCCAUGGCUUCGACCGUGCAUGACCCAAGACUUCUAUACAGUAUAGACAACAUUCGAGCCUUUCACAUCCAGAAUGGCGAGGAGUCAGAGCUCACUCCGUCGGGGCCGCAAACACUUUCUCUGUUGAUGGUUCCGACCAAGACCGCUAUCCCCGGAAGCUCGUUCCCCGUGUCCUCCCAGGAUGCACUCACAGAGGAAGACUUCUAUCUUCAUCUAAAUUUGCCACCGGAGCUGGAUUUGGCUCUCCCCGCUACCACCCAGAUUUUCCACCAGCCGCCGAAUAGCUACCUAAUCCCUCGUUGGGAUCUGGGUCCUGAUGCGGGAGCCUUCAUUCGCAUCCAGUUUCCCUCGAUCGGACAUGGGCCUGACAAGGUGACACAGGAGGAUAUUGACACCUUUGAGACGAUCCUCGCUCAAUGCACUGCAUUCCUCGACCGCGCACCUCCAGCUGGGGACCAUGCUCCAUACAACCCCUCGACGUAUGCGCCCGGUGAGGGAUAUGUCUCUUCUGCCGCUUCUCCCGGGGGUGAUGCGCAUGGUAGGAUUGUUCUGGUCGAUGAGGAGGAUGGCAGUGUGGUGGGUGAGAUGGAGGGCUAUGACGUUGUGGAAAGGCCGGACGUCAAACCCGGCUCGAAGAGGCCCGUGGAGAUUGAGCUUCCUUCCGAGGGCGAAGGCAAUAAAGUCAAUGUCAGCAACGUGUCCGAGGAGUAUCUGCGUAUGGCACGUCACCCGGCUUAUCAGAAGUCGACCAUCGUCCAGACCUCUGCGAAGGCUUCGCGUUUGAUUGUCACCGGGUCUACAUACCUGGCCAAUGCGCUUACGAGUGGUGCCGACACCUUCACAAGGAAGACAAGGCCAAACCCGAAGCCGAUGACCUUUUCGGAGACCACCCACUCGCGCAUCCGCAAGGUUGGCACCUUUUCUGAGGGCGCCGCCGAUCUCUCGGCCAAAACUGUCGGCCAGGUUGGGAGAUAUGCCCAAAAUAUUGGGGCAUCGCUGGCCCGCCGGAACAACACGGAGCGACAGAGGGGUAUCGAUAAGUAUGGCAGUGAGUAUAAGCCCGGGAUUCUGAAUAAAUCCUUGAUCGCGUUCUCGACUCUGGCGGACGGCAUUGAGCAGAGUGCUCGGCACGUCUUGACCUCUAGCUCGAACGCUGCCACCACUAUGAUUGGACACCGCUACGGGGAUCAGGCCGGGGCUGUGGCAUCCAAUUUGACCGGCGGUGUUAAGAACGUCGGGCUGGUUUACAUCGAUGCCUCGGGUGUCAGCCGCAAGGCUUUCCUCAAGUCUGUCGCCAAGGGCAUGGUUGUUGGGUGGAUGCGUGACGGCAAGCAGGUGGUUGUUGGUACCGGUGAUGGCGGUGAACUCCCUGCUCAAGCGAGUGGCAGUCAGGCACAGGCCUCCUACGGAGGGAGAGCACCGUCGCCUACUCCGACCCCGCCACCCGCGUACAGUGCCGCGGGGAGCGCAUCCUAUGGUCGGGCUUCAAAUACCGGGGCGAGGAGGUGAUGCGGUCGUCUGCUCGGUCCUCUGCUUAUUCAUGUUCUAAUGCGGUGAUGAUCUUAUGAGGUUCGAUUUUCGGAUGCCUUGGGGGCAAACUCUAGUGCGGCUUUUAUGGUCACGCUGUUGGUCUAUUUGUGAUUCUAUCAUUUCUAAUGUGGCUUGGAUGUCGCGGUCUUCUUUCAUUCUCUCGUUGUAGUAUCUAUCGGCUAUUGGCCAUGCGUACUGUGCUCGGUCA